AUGGACAAAACGACUCAGCUCGGUUACCUUCGACGGAGGGUCGUUCAGGCAGAGGUGUUGCUGGAGUCGGUCCUCUCCUCGAAAUGGCUCACUCUCAUGUUCGAAUCUGCCGGCGCGCUUGGGUGUGAUGUUUCAGACGCGGAUAGAAGAUGCUCACCGGAAAACCAGGAGCUUCGGUCGUUUCGGGUCACCGUGAAAGGCUGGCUCGUGGUCGCCGUCGUGCGCUGGCCUUCUCGCUGGAAAAUGGAGCUCGAGGUCGCAUCUCGCUGCUCGAAGUCGGACGACGCGGUUGCCAUGAAACUGAGGUCACCGAUCGGAGCUCUGAACGGCUUAGUGCCGCUCGUUCUGCUGGUGGCGACUGGUACAUCCGAGCUGAGAGAGGGCUACUGGAGAAUGGAGAUGAUGAGUAGCCGAGGAACCAAAGAACAUUCCGCCCUAAGAAAAGUGCACCAUCGGGCAGGAGCACAACUUAGAAAGCAUAUCGAUGCUACCUUAGGAAGUGGUAACUUGAGAGAGGCAGUAAGGUUACCACCCGGUGAAGAUAUAAACGAGUGGCUUGCAGUCAACACUGUUGAUUUCUUCAAUCAGGUGAAUCUGCUUUAUGGCACCCUCACUGAGUUUUGUACUGCUGAAAACUGCCCAACAAUGACAGCUGGCCCCAAGUAUGAGUACAGAUGGGCAGACGGUGUACAAAUAAAAAAACCAAUCGAAGUUUCAGCUCCUAAAUAUGUCGAGUAUUUGAUGGACUGGAUCGAAACCCAGUUAGAUGACGAGUCCAUAUUUCCACAAAAACUAGGGGCUCCUUUUCCUUCAAAUUUCAGGGACGUUGUAAAAACCAUUUUCAAACGUCUGUUCCGUGUUUACGCGCAUAUAUACCACUCUCAUUUUCAGAAGAUUGUGAGUCUAAAGGAGGAGGCCCACUUAAAUACCUGCUUCAAGCAUUUUAUUCUGUUUACCUGCGAAUUUUCGCUGAUCGACAAGAAGGAACUCGCUCCACUUCAAGAACUGAUAGAAUCCAUUGUCCCUUAUUGAAAAAAGCUUUUACGCUAGUCGAAUUAUCUGGAAACUGACUGUAUUUAGAGAGAUGCAUAAUUAUCCUUGUACUCUGAAUGUAAUGCCUGUAAAUUGUGUUUUUGAACCUUUGGUUUUUGUGUUAAAACAUUCUUUAAAGACGAAAUAUAUUGGGAAAUGAUAAAUCGAUGCAGCAAUUUUUUUUUUUUUUUA